AUGCUUUCCGUCUUCAUUCCAAAUGUCUGCUCCUUUAAGCAAUGUGGAUUAAUGCGGUUGUGCCUUGCUCAUUAUUGGAAACUUUCUGUCGUAUUGUUUGAUCAAAAGGUUGAACCUUAUCAACCUCUGGACAUGGUGUCAAAGUUAAGCGGUCAAAGGAGAAGGAACCUGAAGGUUGAAUUUGCAGGUUUUAAAUGGGAAAUGAGAAGCUAA